CUCACUCUCUGUCAGCCCUUUCUCAGUCAGGUCGGGCUGGGCUGUAUAAAAAAGGAAGGGGAGGCAGCUCGGCUCUCAUUCGGCAGCGAUUGGAGUGAAGAAGCGUGAUGUCUGGAAGAGGCAAAGGAGGUAAAGGCCUGGGAAAAGGCGGAGCGAAGCGGCACCGCAAAGUGCUCCGUGAUAACAUCCAGGGCAUCACCAAACCAGCCAUCCGGCGCCUGGCUCGCCGUGGCGGGGUCAAGCGCAUCUCGGGCUUGAUCUACGAGGAGACCCGCGGGGUGCUGAAGGUUUUCCUGGAGAAUGUGAUCAGGGAUGCGGUCACCUACACUGAGCACGCCAAGCGCAAGACGGUCACCGCCAUGGAUGUGGUGUACGCUCUGAAACGCCAGGGCCGCACUCUCUAUGGAUUCGGCGGCUGAGUACAAUAAAGCGACCCUUUUCCAGCGAACCCAAAGGCUCUUUUCAGAGCCA